CUGACAUCGCCGAUAAAUUCUAGUGUGUAAAGUGCAAAAUAACGUAACCUAAUACGUUUGCGUUUCAAUUAAUGAGUCGCGAAAGCGUCAUAAUGGACAAAAGACUCACCGACGAAUCGCUUCUCAGGCUCGCGUCUCGUGUAAAAUUUCUCACUUAAGCGGAUAAAAACACAAAAAAAAAAAAAAAAAAAUGAGGAAACGUUUAUCCGAAGCUUUGCCACCUUAUCGUUAUCGCGACGAGCAUUAAUCGCGCGGACGCAAUGAAGAAUGUGUGCUCAACGAUCAUCCCCGUUUUUGUUCGCAUUCAUUCAUUCGGUGGCGAAUACAAACGCCACGUUGCAACGUCUGCUCAAAAAAAGUAACGAAUUCAAUCAUGUGACAGAGGUUGUAUCAAUGACGAGAGUUAAUGGAGUGCCCAACGAAUUGAUGAUAUUCUGGGAGAAAUAUCCGUGGACGCUCGGACUGAGUAUUUGCAAAUUACGAGCGUACGUGUCGGAAACGUCGUCUUACGUGUCGGUGUUAAUGAUAGUCACUUUCUCACUAGAAAGGUACCUAGCGAUAUGCCAUCCCUUUCAGUUGUACGCGAAGAGCGGGAUGAAACGACCUGUAAGAUUUAUCGUUAGCGCCUGGUUGCUGGCUCUCGUGUGUGCGCUACCUUUCGGGAUUUACACGACCGUUAAUUAUUUAGAAUAUCCCGCACAAUCCGGUCGUCCUUCCGAAAAAUCGGCUUUUUGCGCCAUGUUGUUGCACAGCAUUCCUGUAUUUCCGCUGUACGAGCUAAGCUGUUUCAUGUUCUUUCUCGUGCCGAUGGUGUACAUCGCGGUGGUCUACGUGAAGAUCAGUUUGCGAAUAAGACGUAACAAUUUGAAGCACAAUAACGUCAAUAGUUCUGUUCACGGCGACAGGCACGCUCAAACACGAAAAGCCGUUCGAUUGCUAAGUGCGGUAGUGAUAGCGUUUUUUAUGUGCUGGGCGCCGUUUCACAUCCAACGCAUACUGUACGUGUAUCAAAUACCGCUACUUGAGGAAAUCGACGAAUGGCUAUUUCCAAUAGCCGGGCUUCUUUAUUAUUUUAGCUGUACAGUAAAUCCGAUUCUAUACUGCAUCAUGAGCAAGAAGUAUAGGACCGAGUUCAAACGGAUACUCGGAUGCUCGGAGAUACCGAUCAAUAUGGAAACACAUCUUUAGAAACAUAAUCGGCAGCUGAUCGCACAAAAUGGUCAAAAGUAAGCAAAAAUUAAACCGCAAAAGCCGCGUUCAUAAACCGGCAAGUCGAAGGCAGUCGAGGGAUGAAAAGCUGAUCGACGGAAUGUUUUAUACAAAUGGAUGGAGAAGAUUUGUUGAUUUCGCAUCAACUAAGUGUCCAAACAAGAGAAUGACCGCAAUGCGGCCAAUGUGUCCAAUAGUCCAACAGUUUUACGGUCUCCGCACAUAAGCGCGGUCACGGUUAGACGAACGGACGUAAUGUCACUAGAACAAUGAACGUACUCACCGUGGCGGUUUCCACGGCGAUCAUCUCUGUGAUUACGAGGCGGUGGGUGGUUGUCACGUUUGGCCAGUCAUUACGCAUCGUGCCCAGCA